CACUUGUUCCUCCCACCACCGUACUAACGUCUCUCUCACCAACACUAAACCGCCAUCAUCACUUCUCUCUCUCUCCGUGCUUUAGCUCGCUUCCUUCAUGGAGAUUGCCAGCUCUUGCACAUCUGUGGACAGUGUCGACAAUGAGAGUCAGUAUGGAGAUGCUGCAACAACCGGGCAUCAACAAUGCAAAGGGACCGUUACGCACGAGUUGCGCAAUGUGAAUAUGGCUGGAAAAGGAAAGGUGACCAUGAAAGACUUCGAAUUAUUGAAAGUUCUUGGUACCGGAGCUUAUGGUAAAGUGUUUCUUGUUCGUAAAGUGAAUGGCUUUGACUGUGGUAAACUUUAUGCUAUGAAAGUUCUCAAAAAAGCCAGUAUAGUUCAAAAAAACAAGACAACAGAACACACUAAAACAGAGCGUCAAGUCCUUGAAGCUAUACGCCAGUCUCCAUUUUUAGUUACACUUCAUUAUGCUUUCCAAACUGAUGCAAAACUUCACUUAAUUCUUGAUUAUGUGAAUGGGGGUGAAAUGUUCACACAUUUGUUCAAUCGAGAACAUUUUUCUGAAUCUGAAGUCCAAAUCUACAUUGGAGAAAUUGUUUUAGCAUUGGAGACUUUACACAAGCUUGGUAUCAUUUACCGCGACAUCAAGCUGGAGAACAUUCUUUUGGAUUCCUCAGGUCACAUUGUUCUCACUGAUUUUGGUUUGAGUAAAGAAUUCCUUCCUGGUGACACGACUCAUCGUGCCUAUUCAUAUUGUGGCACCAUGGAAUAUAUGGCACCUGAAGUUGUAAGAGGAAGUUCAGCUGGACAUGAUUUUUCUGUUGACUGGUGGGCACUUGGAGUCCUUACAUAUGAACUGUUAACUGGGGCAUCACCUUUUACUGUUGAUGGAGAACGGAACUCAUCAAAAGAAAUCUCAAAGCGAAUUCUUGAAAAACAUCCACCGAUUCCUCAACAUUUUUCUCCUGCAACAAAAUCUUACAUUAUUUCUUUACUACACAAAGAUCCUACUAAACGACUUGGUUACAAUGGAGCUGAAGAAAUAAAACAGCAUCCAUUUUUUAAUAAUUUGGAUUGGGAUAAACUUGCAAAAAAAGAAAUAAUAGCACCAAUGUUGCCACAGAUAAAACAUGAACUUGAUGUUAGUAAUUUCUCUGAAGAAUUCACCAAAAUGGAAGCUGCUGACUCACCAGCUGUAGUUCCAUUAAAUGGCGAGAAAAUGUUCAAAGGCUACUCCUAUGUUGCACCUUCUGUUAUAUUCACUGACAACACAGUUAGUGAUGAUCUCCUCCAACAUAACAGUAUCAAUCAACCUCGAGCUAAGAGUAUCAGUGCUGCCAGCCAGUUCAAGAACUCUCCAUUUUUCCAACACUAUGAUUUAGACCUACAGAAUGGUAUUUUAGGUGAAGGCAGUUAUUCAGUGUGUGGACGGUGUGAACAUAAAGUUACAAAAACUAAAUAUGCUGUGAAAAUCAUUUCCCGGCGAGUGGACCAUACAUCAGAAGUAAAAAUGCUUCAACUGUGUCAGAACCAUCCUAACAUAGUGAAACUCAUUGAUGUCUUUCAUGAUGAACUUCACACCUAUAUUGUUAUGGAAUUAUUGAGUGGAGGUGAACUUUUAAAUCGAAUUCAGAAAAAAAAGAGUUUUACAGAAACAGAAGCAAGUCGUAUCAUGCGAAUGCUAGUUGAAGCUGUCGACUAUAUGCAUCAGAAAGGAGUGGUGCAUCGAGAUUUGAAACCUGAGAACAUUUUGUUUGAAGACGAAUCUGAAGGAGCACAAGCGAAAGUGGUGGAUUUUGGAUUUGCUCGGUUAAAAACUGAAAAUCAACCCUUGCAAACUCCAUGUUUCACUCUAAAUUUUGCUGCACCUGAAGUUCUUUCCCAAGCCACACCAAACAACAAAUCUAGGGGUUAUGAUGAAGCAUGUGAUUUAUGGAGUCUUGGUGUUAUUUUGUACACCAUGUUAUCAGGGAAAGCUCCAUUCCAAACAAGAAAUAAGACAGAAACCCCUGAAGGGAUCAUUAAAAGAAUCAAAGAAGGAGAAUUUGACUUUUCUGGACAAGAAUGGCAUGCUGUUUCUGCCAAUGCCAAAAAACUAAUCCGAGGCCUUCUGACUGUAGACCCCCGAGAAAGAUCAACAAUGCAUAAUCUCCUACAGAACAAAUGGAUUCAAGGAAACAAUGAUCGAGUUUUCUCACAAACCCCACUGCAUACACCAGGAAUUCUUAGUUCCACGAGCAAUGCUUUGCAGCAGCAAUUAGUGCAAACCAUGGAUGCAUUCCAUCGUGCUGCUCGAGAAGGUUUCCGAUUGCAAGACGUUGCCAAUGCACCUCUUGCUCAACGGCGACAAAUGAAGCGUAACUCAAUGGAUGCUCGAAGUAGUUCAAAUGACAGCACGGCAUCUUCUCCAUCUUCAUCUUCAGUAUCGGCAGGAUCAACAACAAUGGCAGCUGUAGCCAUAUCCCCUACCAUUAAUCAACAUCCUAUAGACAUUAACUUUCCUCAUACCGACUCAUCUUCUCGAAAUACAUCAAAUACUUCCACGAUAUCUAAUAUAUCACAAAGCAGUACUGGUUUCAUACCAACUAAAUCUAUUAGACUACAACAGCAGCAGCCAGCUAUUGUUGAAGAUGAACAAACCUCUCCUCAGUUUUUAAUGCAACAAAAGUUACUAGAUCAACAUUCCUCACCAUAUCAAUGUUCAGACCAGUUUGGUUUCCCCUGUUUCAGUAGUGGCUCCUUAAAUACACCUGGAAGUAAUGAUGCUACUGCUGGUCGGAGCAUGUUGCACACAAGUGAAACUCCAAAAUGUAUCAAUACUACAUGCACAGUUUUUACCUAUACAGAUGCUAAUGAAAUACCGCAGAAACGCCAUUUGUCUGAGAGAGAAAGCUCAGAUAGUGAUUGUAUUGUUGGAAGUAGUUCAAUUCCUGUCGACUCACCACCAAAAAAACGGCCUAGAACAGAAACUAUCGUCAUCGAGUAAUAUAUUUAAAUUUAUUAUAGAAAACUGUGGUAAUUCAUAAAUCUUCGUUUUCUUAUUAGGGGAGGAUUGGCUCAAAAGAGAAAGGAAAAAAAAAAACGAGUGAGUGUGUAUGUGUAUAUAUGUAAGUUUUUCUAUUGUAUCAUUGAAAUUCUAUUGUAUAUUUCAUAAAAAAAAAUUAUGUAAGAACAAAAAAUUUUAAACAGAUAUUUAUUCUAUUUUGAAUAGUUUAAUAACAUUUUUAAUAAAAAUAUACCAAAUAUCAAGGUAUUUUGUUUGACCAUAUAUUUUAGCUUUCUUAAAUUCUAACCAAAUGUUCAGAUUAUUUAUACUAUUGUAGCUAUUAACAUUGGUAUUUAAGAUGUGGUAGAAUAUUACAUUUGGACUCCAUGAUGAGACUCUCUUAACUGAAUGCAAAAUGUUCUCUUUGAACUUUAAUUACAUUUUAAAUUUUAUUUUCGUAAACUUAAUUUCACAUCACAGUCUGGGUUGAAAUGUUAGGUGUAUUUAGACAUCAGUAUUGUUUAAACAGCUAUUUUGAGAGUUACAGCACACAAUUCCUAUGAUUUAUUUAGGAAUUGAUCAACACAACUGGCCAACAGGUAAUUCAGACUCUGUUCUAAGGACCCCCAUCUCAUAGCAGUUCUGUAAAACAGGGUUUUGUGAGUUAGCUAUGUUCUAAGUUAAAGCUUUCUUAUGAGCCUGGCUAUAGGAACUUUGAAGUAUGCUCCAACAAACCAAUAAAUUCAUUCAGCUGAUUGUCUUUAUAUUGAAUUAUAUCCAUGCACGAAAUUUCAUAUUUUCAGUUCUUCAGCCAUUUAAGUCAAUGGAGACUUGAUCAAAAUAUGGAAAACAUGAUAUGUCAGAUUAUAAUCAGCAUGGGACAUAGAGCACAAGUGAACUGAGAAUGUUGAUGAGCAUUAAAAACAUCAGCUAAAGUGUGUAACUGCACUGGUAUGAACAUGUGAUGCAAAUAGACAAUAAGUGCUAUUGUGCUUCAGAAAAAGAGUAGAUGAAAGAGGAUUACUGAUAUAUUGUAUGGCAUGCUCCAUGGUUGACAUCUUUUCUCUCUUCCUACUACAUAGCAAUGACAUACUUGCUAUUAUGCCCAACAAUGAUACUACAAUUCAUUCAUCCCUAAUCAUGCAUAACCCAUGCACAGACAAGGUACGUCAUGCCGCACCAAUUCUAUGAAUAAAGAUCUUGAAAGCAUCUUCCAGUGGAGAUGUACUAAUCUUGUCUCUUUCAAGAGCAACAAAAGUGUGUUUUUAAAUCAAGAAAAUAUUUUCACACCACGACUCCCUUAACCCUUUAGCAUUUAAUCUGGCCUUAUUCUACUUGCUUUACGUCAAAACUGACCAGACUCAACCUAUCAAACCUACCCUGCAAUGUCAUUCUCAAAAUGUACAAACACACAAUUGAAAUCUUGAAGCUACAAAAUAAUGUUUGAUUAAUUCAAAACAAUGUGGAGAAAUAAGCAUUACAUCCAACAAAGAAAUCUGAACGCUAAAGGGUUAAAUAUACAACUAAGCUCUCAUAACUGUCCCAGAUGUUGGGCAUCUUUAUCAUCAAAGAUGUCUCUAGAUGAAAACAUCCUUAACAUAGCUAGGAUUGCAUCUUAACUAAUAACCCUUCUCUUCAGUUGCCCAGAAGAUACUUCAAUCUCUUCCUGCACCCCAUUCUAUAAUAGUCCCCUGAUCCUCAGCUUUCAUCAUGCCAUUUUCACUCAGGGAUUCCUGAUUCCCUUCUUCCUCCUUGCAUUCAACUCCUUCAAGCCCUGUACUAACACCUCACCCAGCCUUUCCCAAAUGCCAACCCCUGGAACUCCCUACCUGCAGCAAUAUUAACAUCAAUCUCACCAGUGUGGAAGGAUUCGCAAUGGCCAUUGACUGUUCCUUUCUCCACAUUUGAUGGUAAUAUUUGUGUCUAAUGUUUCAAUAAAAUUGUCAAUAAUUAGAAAAUUAUAAAAAUGUAAAGUUAUCCCCAUUUUUAAUGGUUUAAGAUAACAAAAAAAAAAUUAAAUAAUGAAUAAAAAGCAGACCUAUCUAUCCCAAAACACGGUCAAAAAGAUGUUGGACGAGAAUGAGUUUCAUUUUAUUCUAGACAAUGUGGUUGUUGAAUCCUCAAGUGGUAAAAUAUAACUCUAGAGUAAUCUGGAUGACUGCAUCGAAGGUGUUGGCUGUUUGAUCUAAAGUUAUUAAUACUGGAUUGCUACCAUUAUGGAAUUGUUGAAUAUAAUAUAUAGUGGCAGGGUUGAUUAAUAUGUAUUUUCAGUCAAGACUAAUCAGGAACAGUAGAGAUAUUUGUCUUCACAACUGAAGAGAAUAGUUGACUUCAUUAGUAAACUGCUCGAUACCUAAAUUGGAGUGUGAAAAGUUCCCUAUAUUCAAACUGGUGAUAAGAGUUGAACAACUCUGUAAAACUCAGUAUUGUAAAGUUGUUAAAUGGUAAAAUAAAAAAAUAAAAAAGACAAAAAUAACGAAGAAAAAUAGAAAAAGGUCCAAUAUUUAUAUUUCAUCAAAUACAGCAACAUUUAAAGUUUGCAAGAAUAUGGACACAAAAUUCUUUAUGAAAAAAAAAAAAAAAAAAAAAAGAUAGGCAUGUCCAGUUCUCAUUUCUGAAAUAUUUCAUGGCAAGAUUUCUUUUAUUUUUCAGUCGACAGGAGCUUCUAUAUAUAUUUCUUUUAUAAAUAAAAUUUCAAAUAGUGCAACAAAAGACUAAAAGACAUACAGUGAACUUGACAGGCAACAAGGAUAAGAGGAAAAUAAGAUUUUGCAAGAUUGUAGGAUAUUAGUGCAAAGUUCACAUUUUACAAAAAUGUCAGAAGCAACAAACAUAACAGUUUAUAAGUAAAAGAUUUGUAAUUUUAUAAAUUUAUAAUAAUUAGUUGUUUAGAAAAGAUUUGAUGGUAAUAUCUGUGUCCAAUAUUUCAAUAAAAUUGUUAAUAAUUAGAAAAUUAUAAAAAUGUAAAGUUUUCCCCAUUUUUAAUGGUUUAAGAUAAUAUUCAGUUGAGAGAAGAAAUUAGCUACAAAUGAAUAGAAAUCUGAAGACUUGUUUUUUUUUUUUUUUU